CCAGAGAGGAAGAGAAAAGAAAGGAAGAAACACUAGCGAGAAAAAGAAAGGAAAGCGGAAUAAAGGGAUAGAAACUACCCACCCUUACGUGUCCAAACUGGGGGGGGGGGGUGGGGGGUUGAAAGGCAGAUCCGAGGUGGUGCUUGGUGCCCGCCCCGGCCGCUUGGAAGGCUUGUUUUCUUCCUAGUCCUCUGCCCCGUUUGGUUUAUGGAGAAGAAGAAAAUGGUCACUCAGGGUAACCAGGAGCCAACAGCCACUCCUGACGCCAUGGUUCAGCCAUUUACCACCAUCCCAUUUCCACCACCUCCACAGAAUGGAAUUCCCACAGAAUAUGGGGUACCACACACUCAGGACUACGCAGGCCAGACCAGUGAGCAUAACCUGACGCUUUAUGGAGGCACACAGACGCAUGGAGAACAGAGCACUAACACAGCCAGCACGCAGAACGGAGCUCUGACGCAGACAGAAGGAGGGGCACAGACAGACGGACAGCAAUCACAGACACAGAGUAGUGAGAAUACCGAGAGUAAAUCUACCCCUAAACGAUUGCAUGUCUCCAACAUCCCCUUCCGAUUCCGGGACCCUGAUCUCCGGCAGAUGUUUGGGCAGUUUGGCAAAAUCCUUGAUGUAGAAAUAAUCUUUAAUGAACGUGGCUCCAAGGGAUUCGGGUUCGUAACUUUCGAGAAUAGUGCUGAUGCAGACAGGGCCAGGGAGAAAUUACACGGCACCGUGGUAGAGGGCCGUAAAAUCGAGGUGAAUAACGCCACGGCACGCGUAAUGACCAAUAAGAAGAUGGUCACGCCAUAUGCAAAUGGUUGGAAGCUGAGCCCAGUGGUUGGAGCCGUCUAUGGCCCUGAGUUAUAUGCAGCAGCCUCCAGUUUUCAAGCAGAUGUGUCGCUAGGCAAUGAUGCGGCAGUGCCCCUGUCGGGAAGAGGGGGAAUCAACACUUACAUUCCUCUCAUCAUUCCUGGCUUCCCUUACCCCACCGCAGCCACCACGGCAGCCGCAUUCAGAGGAGCCCACCUAAGGGGUCGAGGGCGGACAGUGUAUGGUGCAGUCCGAGCGGUACCUCCAACAGCCAUCCCUGCCUAUCCAGGAAUAGUCUUACAGGAACCAAUCAUUAGCGCUAAAAUACCUCAGGGUGGAUAUGCAGCCUACAGAUAUGCACAACCUGCUACCGCGACAGCAGCCACAGCCGCUGCCGCCGCUGCCGCUGCUUACAGUGACGGUUACGGCAGGGUUUAUACAGCAGACCCCUACCAUGCCCUUGCCCCUGCCGCUAGCUACGGAGUUGGCGCUGUGGCGAGUUUAUACCGAGGUGGCUACAGCCGAUUUGCCCCUUACUGAAGUGACGUGACCCCGCAGACGGGACAGCCCCCCAUUCAUGAGGCCUGGCUAUUGCAAUAUGUACUCCUAGAGGAACUCUAUAGCAAGAUGAAGAGGAAAAACAAAAAAAACAAAAACACAAAAAAAAGAAAAUACUUUUUUAUACCUCACUAUGUUCUUUGAAUAUGUAUUUUUCCUUUAAAUUUCUGCCUUUAAUUCUUUUGUUCCAAAGAUUGUGCAUUUUUCUUUUUUUUUUUUAACUGUGGUAAAAAAAAAAUGAUGCAUUUCCAUGUCUGUAUGUCCGUGCGUAGCUUAUUCUGCCAGUCACGGAAGAGGCAGUUAAUGAGGAAGGAAAGACUUUAGAAAGUGACCCAUUCAGUGAAUCAGAAGUGAACAGGCAGAAUUGCCGAGUGAGUCUGGUGCGGCCAGCAAGCCGUUGUGGGACUGGCAAGUGGGGAAAGAGGCUCUGUUCCCUCCUUCCCCGACUCUUAGCCUUUUGUGUUUCUGGUCUUUGGCGGGCAGUCCUGAUGGACUGUGGCUGGGAUGCACAUGCUGAGGGGGCAGCAGGGAGGAGAGUAACAUGGACGCUUUCCUCUCUCCUCAUCCCUUCUGCUUUUCUCUAUUUAGUGCUGAUAUCCAUCCAGUGCUCUCCACAACCAUGUUGAUAACGCACAGACAAGGCUGAUUGGCGCCGAGACCACCAUACCUGCCCUAGGCUGCAGGGAAUUUUUAAAAAGUUUUCUUCAUUAGGAAACAGACCUUCGGAUGAACUCUGGAGUGUGGAAGCUAUUCUUUUUCUCUUUCCUUUCCUGUAAUCCUGGCAGUGCUGCUGGGCUCAUUCCACUUUCUACUUUGGCCUCAGUUCAGCUCAUCCAUCUCCUUCUCUUAAACCCUUGCUUCCAUAUCCACCAAUACCAGGGAUUUAGGGCCCAGGGACGACGGACUAGGUGUUGGCCUCUGUGUAUUUAGAUCUAGGAAUAUGAGGGUUAAGAGUGGUCACUUCAAAAGGGGGCUGGAGGGAGAGAGCUAGAAGGAAAGGACCACAAGGUUGCUCUGAUUGAUGACUGUCAUUCAGAGAGAAUCCCGCCCCGCCGCCCUUGCCACCUCUUCUGUUAAGUCAGGAAAGUAGUCUGUUGGAAAAAAUGAAGCACAACAUGUCACAGGCCAACAAAACCGUCCCUGGAGCCCCCUCUGGUAACUAGGGCCUGUGAAGGGCAGGCCGGGGCACUCUGUGUAAAGUUCUAAAGCCAUAGGAAUUUCCAUCUUCCAGAGCCUUUAGGAGUGAGUCACUUGAAUCUACAGUCUCAAAUCCUGGUGGCCAUUCCCCUAGCCUUUCAGUAUCCCCCAAAGACACAGACCUGAGCACCUGGACUGCUCGGUGAGCAUUAACACUACAGGAUGUCCAGUUUGGCCCCCGGAGUUCCUUCCUGCCUUCUGGUGGGGAAGGAAGACUUUUGAGAGCAGGGAUCUUGCGUGUUGCCAGGAAGAGAAGUCCAGCAGCCCUUGGCAGCAAGGUGUCGUUCUUGAUAUCUGGUUUCAGUUGGACAAAUGAUACCUGUCAGGUGAGAAAUAGUUUCCCUUCCAGCUGUUAGCUAACUAACCAGUCAAAUCAGGCACUCUGCAGCAUUCUCAAACUAUAAGGCAUCAGUGAAAGAGGAAAGAUCCUGGUCUAUCAGAUGGCUCCCAAGCCUUCCCCCAGUGGUACUAGGGUGACUUUCCACCCAAGAGGAAGGCCACACAUGGGAGCGGUCCAGAGGUGGAGCUUUUUAGGGUUGUUUUGGCUCCUGCGACAGCACAGGCUGUCAGCUGACUGUGUCCCUGAAGGUACACGAGGCUGCUUGGGGCUGGGCACCCUCUCUGGGCAGAGUUAUCCGGGUGGUCCUCUGGCCAAAGCACAACACAGGCCUUGGUUCUCUUUCAAACGCUUCUGCCUCCUCAGUCCUUCCUAGGAGAAAGGCAGCCAGGGACAUGGCGGAGCAUGGGAGAGGCCUAAGGGCUAUUCCUCAUUCUCUGCAGGAGUAGCUAGAACUAGGGGGCACCAGACUGCCAGUCCAUUGGCCACUUUCUUUUUUUAGGUUUGUUUGUUGUUAAGUUUUUUUUUCCCCAAGCCAAAGUUUGGUUUGCUCUUAAGACAAUUUUUGUUGUGUGUAUAUAAAUCUUUUAGUUAGACUGAAAAUUGGGAGGGGGGACAGGGGCUUUCACAAACUCUAGAGAAUGGGAAAGUGGGUUUUGUUUUACUUCUUUUGACUUUUUUUUUUUCCUUUUUGGAUUGGGAGCAUUUACUGAUGAAAGCAGAUGUCUGAGAGCAAUCUAGUGUCAUAUUCGAUCCAGUGUCAUUUCCGCAAAAUGUCCUUUGGAUCCGAGACUAGGCCAAGAUCCCAAACAGUGCCGCAGUGGUAGCAGCCUGAAAGGGCAGAGCAUAAAGAGGCUUCUCCCCUGUAUCUCCUUUCUGGGGAGAGAAGGGACGUGAUGGGAAAAGUAGAGAACCCAGUUCCUAGGGACAGCAGUUUGAGCCAAGGCUCUCCUCUCUGCCUUUCAGUUCAGCUGGUUCUGGCUGUGGGCUCCAGAAGCCGGACUCUGUCUCUCCAGUGGGUUUGUGUUGCAUUCACAUAGCCCUGUGAGCACCUCUUCCUGCUCACUUCCCAAGAAGCACCCGGCUGCAGAGCUCUGCUCCUGCACUGGUCUUCCUCUCGUUGUUCUAGGUCAGGCUGAGAACUGAGGCCUUGCCUCCCCCCAGGGCAGCUGGGGGUCUAGCUCCAACCCUGGGGUUUCUAGAGGCAGGUUCCUCAAACCCUUGUGGUGGGUCCUCUUUCCUCUUCUCAUUUUUUUAAAAAGAAAGUUGGGAGAAGGACAAGGGUUGGAAUCCUUGCUCAGCUUGUUAGAGGAGGUCAGUUGGUAAUCCCUAGACCCUUCCUUGUGGAUCCACUCUGCCUGAAUGAGUGAGUGACAGCCUCCCUGGAGAGCUCUUGGUCCAGACUCUGUAAGUGAAGUCUCCCUCCACUGUUUCCUCUGGCAGCUGGGUGAUUACGUAGGGUUCCUCCAAUGAGACCCCAUCUUUCCCUCCCUCCCUUCUUACCUCUCUGCUCCUGGUCCUUCCCAAACUCCCUGUGGGACAUUGAACCAUUCAGAUUUGCCUAGCUUUAGCCAUAUGGGAUCUGGCCUUCUUGAAGGUUGUGGUUGCAGAAUACAAAAGGAAGGAAAGCAUUGUGUUCGGGUCAGCAACAGCAGCCAGACCCAUGAGCCAAACUUUGGGGGUUCAGUUCUUGAGACAGGCAGCCCCUGAGCCGAAAUGUCUUCAUGCCUUCUCCCUCUGGGGUCUGCUGUUCUCAAUGAGUCAGAGGAAGUGAAUGAGUCAAAGUUCGGUAGGGAUAUCCCAUUACUUAUUAGUUGUACUAAGCAGCCUUUGAAAGCUAGGGGCGUAAAAAUGGGGCUUGGAACAUAUAAUUCCCAAGAAUAUGCAAAUAGGGCAUAAUAAUGUCCCCUUCCCUCUGCCCAGGGUAAAGAGGUCGGUGGGAGACAGUGUGGGGAGCGCCAGGAAUCCAGGAAGGGAGGGGGCUGGAUGGAGGAAGGAGUCUACAGGUCCUCCCCUUUGGCCAGGCCCAGCUUCGAAGAGGAGGAGCUGGGCCUCCCGCUGCCUUUGGCAGCCCUCUAGCUCAGAGCCCUUUGAAGGAUGGGUUUUUCCCCCUGGAUGCUGAAGGAAAGGAAGUUGGGGGGGAGGGGGGAGGGUUGGGUAGUGGUGGUUUUAAGACGUAUGUUACCUGUUUGCACUGUUUUAAAAUAGGAAAAAAAUAUAGCGGACAAGGUGAACGUCAAAUGUAAACUUCUGUGUGUCUUUAUUUUUCUGUCAUGCUCUUGAAGAUGUUGACCAUUUGUAGUAUACACCAGUGAAACCUGAUUCUCGAUUGCAUAAAACACUAUAUUUUUUGGCUCUGUUACUGUCCUAAAGCCCCUCUUCACUGCCUCCUCUCCCCUUCCUUGUGAGCGCUCUCCCCUCAUCAUCACUCGUCCAAAGGAAGAGCAGUGACUGCUGGGCAGCCUCUGGGCCAGGGUUUGCCCUCUGGUUUGCUGAGGGCAGAACCUCGUCCUCAAGAUGCCCUGACCACAACAGGUCAUUUGCUUCCCAAAUCCAGUACUCUAGGAAUGGAGGGGGGGUCCCCAAGUUGUGUAAUUGGCUGUUGCGGGUGAGUUCUCCUCCACGUUACCACAACUGUAGCCAGUUAAAGUUUACUCAGGAAAACGGUCGAUCAAUUCAGCCAUGGUAGUGCUGGUUGGCAGGGAUUUGGUAACUCCUGGAGAACUUGCCCACCGGCCAAAACCCAGACCUUGCUUUUAAAGGAAACGGCCAGCCUGGAGGAGGGGCCCUGGUGCCUGGUAGUAGAAGAAUGCCGGUGCCAUGAGGGUGAAUCUGAGACUGGCGUGAAAGAAAAGAAAGGGCCUCCUUUCCCUUCCCUCCCCCAUCCCUUCCCAGGAGAGGUUCGUGCUGGGGACUGGGGGGUGGGGGGGGCUUCAUUUUUUUUUUCUCUUUGGUUCCCCGGGGCCUAAUGUACUUUGAGGAAUGUCAAUCCCCCAUCAAGACUCCCAGCCUCAGUCUUUCUCUUGAUUUUGGAAUUUUUUUUCUGUUCACAUGUGUGUGUGUGUGUGUGUGUGUGUGUGUGUGUGUGUGUGUGUGUGUGUGUGUGUGUGUGUGCGCGCGCGUGUAUGUGUGUUUUGGCAGCUCAGUUUAGCUGUAUUGUAUAUUGAGUGAUAAAUGAAUCCUCCUUUUUCUCCCUAAAGGAUAUGAGUAGUUUUGUUUCUCUCUCUCUCUCUCUCUCUCUCUCCUCCUGCUCUCUUCUCUCUUUUUCGUGAUGAUUCUGCUUGUGAAUAGCUGGAGUGAAACAUGGGGCUGACGGCACAUGUAAGCUAGGGCUUCGGAGUAAUAACAGCUAGUGUAGAGGUCACUUGCACCCCCCCCCAGCUGACCUACCUGAGACUCUGGGCUUUUCAGUUCAAAUCAUUGCAAAACUAAAAAUGCCACAGAACUGCCCCCCCUUUCCUCUCCCUCCAGCCCUCCAUGGCAGUGACUGAAUCACCCCUCUGUGCAGUUCCUCCUGCCCCCUCCCAUUGCCAUGGCAAAACAGGUACCUUUGGGGCAUAGGGGGCAUCAAAUGGGAUGCUUGUAUAUUUGACCACCUGGCCUUCCCUCCCUCCCUCCUUCCUUCCUUCCUUUCAUCCCCCUACCCCCACCCCAUCACUUCCCAGGACGCCCGGAGCUGCUCACCUAGGGUCCUGUUUCCCUGCUAACCCCAGAGAAGCACCCCAGGGCUUUGUGAUGGUCUCUAAUCUCCCUCCCCUCUUGUUAAGUAUCAUAAUGUAUAGUAGCUUUCAGACCAUACAGUAUUCAUUGGGUUACUCCUAUUAUUAUCACGUAGCUGGAAUUGUGAAGGUCGGAGUAGUUAGAUCUUUAGCUUUGCCUCAUUCUUUUUUGUAUUACUAUCCAUGUGUAUAAAUUAUUGAUCACGUUGCUGGCUUUUAUAAACUCUUCGCAAGGGAGGGGCACUGCCUUGGCCUUUGCUAAUGGUAAUGAAGCACUGUUUUUAAAUAAAAGAGAGAAACACCCAU